GAUUUAAAAAGCGAGCCCGAUUCCGUGUGUAUGACAGUCAGUGAGCGCGAAGCAUCGGGAGAACAUCUGUCCGUCUGCAGUCCGUCUCCAGCGCGCGCGUCUCUCCACUGUUUCUGAGGAUGCGGCAGUUCCCGCAGCUCAGCCAGGGCGUCCUCGCGCUCCUCAUCUGGUUCGCGCACUUGAUGGAGGAGCAGAAAGUACAAGCCGGCAACUGCUGGCUUCAGCAGGGCAAGAACGGGAGAUGCCAAGUUCUCUACAUGUCUGGGAUGAGCCGGGAAGACUGUUGUAGAAGUGGUCGUUUGGGUACGGCUUGGACUGAGGAGGAUGUACCUAAUAACACGCUCUUCCGGUGGCUGAUCUUCAAUGGUGGAGCACCAAACUGCAUACCUUGUAAAGAGACUUGUGAUAAUGUGGACUGUGGUCCUGGAAAGAGGUGCAAAAUGAACAAGCGAAACAAACCGCGCUGCGUUUGUGCGCCAGACUGCUCCAAUGUCACCUUUAAAGGGCCUGUCUGUGGCUCGGAUGGGAAAACAUACCGGAAUGAGUGUGCCCUCCUUAGGGCCAAGUGCAAAAGGCACCCUGACCUGUCUGCGCAGUACCAGGGAAAAUGCAAAAAGUCAUGCUAUGACGUGCGCUGUCCUGGAAGCUCAACAUGUGUAUUGGACCAGACCAACAACGCCUACUGUGUGACCUGCAACCGCUUCUGCACUGAGGUGACCUCACCGGAGCAGUACCUGUGUGGCAAUGACGGGAAAGUGUACGCCAGCGCCUGCCACCUCCGACGGGCCACGUGCAUCAUGGGACGGUCCAUCGGAGUAGCCUACGAGGGUAAAUGCAUAGAUGCUAGGUCCUGUAAAGACAUCAACUGCAGAGAGGGACGGAAAUGUUUGUGGGACAAGAGGACAGGACGAGGACGCUGUGCGGUGUGCGAGGACACCUGUCCUGAAAGUCGUCCAGGCGAUAGUGUCUGCGCCAGUGAUAACACCACCUACCCGAGCGAUUGCGCCAUGAGGCAGGCUGCCUGCUCUUUGGGUCUCGUCCUGGAAGUCAAACACUCGGGCUCCUGCAACUCUCUCUCGGAAGAGACGGACGAAGAGGAGGACGAUGAAGAUUACACGGAUUAUAGCCAUGUUUCUCUGUUACUGACUGGAUAAACUGCCGUCGACAGCGCAGAGUCGUGUUCAUAUUGUACAUACGUGUACUCUUAUUUAUUUUCCACGGACAGGUGGAAGAUGCUUAUUGUUCUAGAUGUUUAUUUAUACAUUUGUUUGCUUCUUAUUUAUACAUUUAUAGUCCGAAUAAAUGAACUUUCUCUUAUUCUUUUCUUUGUGGUCUUUGAAAGAAUAUUAUUUAUUAUAACGUGCAAUGUUAAAGUGUUUUGAAAAGUUCUGUGAGCCUAAACAGUUUCCGUUAUCUUCCCAAAUGAAAGUAAAACGUGCAUGUGUUUUAUUUAUUUGCAGUCUACUUAGCAUAAAUCUGGUUUGGUUUACAAUCGAAGCUGAGAAAUGUCAGUAAAAUCUAUAAAUGUAUGAUUUCUUGUUCACUUUGACAUAAACGCCAAAAAAAAAAAAAAAAAAAAAGACAGAAAUUGUUGCAAUUGCUGUUUUCUGAACUUUAGAUAUGCCAUUCUUUUGACAAUAUUGUUUGUGAGUGCUCAGAAAGACGAAUCUAGUUAAAAAAUAUAUUGUAUUAACAAUAUCAACCAUAGCAUUUUCUUGCCAUAUAUAUAUAGUCUUUUUUACGUUAGAGAUCCAGCUAUAAAUGUAUAGUUUUGUAUUUGUAUGUAAAUGUAUAUAAAGUUGCCAUUUGUAAAGAUGCAGUACUGAAAAGUAAAACCUGAAAGGA